AUGUUCUUUCGCCCGGGUCUUUUGCGCGCGGCAAAUCUGCGCACAGCGAAUGCGCGGCUCUUUGCCGCCUCUACACGCCGCUUUAAGAGCUCCAGGUUCCGCCCGCCGGUUGGCCCGCCGGCGGGCCAAAAGGCGUCCGAGAACUGGCUUAUGACUAUCCUUGGGCUGAACACUGUUGUUUUCGCCGCGUGGAAAUAUGCGGACAACACCAUACCGAUCAAGUUCACGGAAGACCAACUCGAAAAGAUCCGUGUCUACAAAGGCCUGAUCGACAAUUUUGUAUUCAAACGCGACGACCCGCAGCAUGGCCGAUGGUGGACUACCAUCACUCACGCCUUCUCGCACAUGGACCUCCCGCAUUUCAUCUUCAACAUGAUAGCGCUCAAAUCCUUCGGCGAAGCUCUGAUUGCGUAUCUGCCUGGAAUCCGCCCUCUCACCUUCCCAACCCUCUACCUCGGUGCUUCGCUUUCUGGUUCUCUGGGUUGGUAUUUGCAGAAGAGGACAGAUACAUCCGAAAAUCGUUCUGCUGGCGCUCUUGGAGCCAGUGGCGCUGUUUCAGGCCUGGCAGCUGCAUGUGCCCUAAUUGCCCCUAAUGCGAAAUGGGGAUUCGUCUUCCUUCCUAUUGGCAUCCCGGCUUGGGCAAUGUUUUCCGCCUACAUCGCCUACGACGCUUUCUACUUGAACGACCCGAACAGCAGGAUUGGCCAUGGCAGUCACCUUAGCGGUGCCGCUUUUGGCGCUGUCUACUAUCUGAUGGUCCUGCGCCGCUUUCAAUUCCCCAUGCGCCGUUGA